AAGCUCUUGCGGACAGCGUCGUCGCUGAGGCAUUGAAUAAUCGCGGUACUUGGUUUAGAACUCUCGCGAGGGGACAUAGUGACUUCCACAGGAGAGGAAGAGGGAUGGAGAGAGAUGAGGUCUGAAAAUGACCAAAUGCCCGGAGGCAGGGCGAAAAUUGUCGUCGAGAUACAAUUUAGAGACAUUCCGAGGGAACAGGACGCCGUCUUUGUCAACUCAAAGCAGAAAGAAGAGAAGAAGGAGGUAUUUACUAAGGUAGUAAUAAGGCGACUUCCACCCAACCUGUCCAAGGACCAGCUGGAAGAACAGCUCAGUCCUCUUCCAUCCUUUGACUACUUUGAGUUCUUCCCUGCAGAUCAAAGCCUCUACCCACACUUGUUCUCCAGAGCUUACAUCAACUUCAAAAACCCAGAGGACAUCCUGCUCUUCAGAGACCGCUUUGAUGGCUAUGUUUUCAUUGAUAACAAAGGCCAGGAGUACCCAGCUGUGGUAGAGUUUGCACCCUUUCAGAAAGUAUCCAAGAAGAAACUCAAAAAGAAAGAUGCCAAAGCCGGAAGCAUUGAAGAAGACCCAGAGUACUGUCGGUUUCUGGAGAACUACUCCUGUGAUGAGGAGAAGUCAAUGGCCAACCCUGAAACCCUGCUGGGAGAGAUAGAGGCCAAGACAAGGGAACUCAUAGCCAAAAGAACAACACCUCUUCUGGAGUACAUCAAGAAUAAGAAACUUGAGAAGCAGAGGAUAAGAGAGGAAAAGAGAGAGGAGCGUCGACGCAGGGAGAUGGAGAAGAAACGCCAGAGGGAGGAGGAGAAAAGGAAGCGGAGGGAGGAGGAGAGACGCAAACGCAAGGAGGCGGAUAAACUGAAGAAGCUGUCGGAGAAGGAGAUCAAGAUAAAGCUCCUAAAGAAGAGUGACCGGGACGAUGACAUGGACUCUGACAGACUCAAGGACAAAGGGGACAGUGGGGAUACGGAGAGGGCCAAGUGGGACAAACCCAGUGGACAAAUGAAGUUCAAGGAAGCCAAGGACAAGGGUCAGAUGGAGAGCGAUAAGGGAGAACACGGCCGCAGGCAGAGAGACAAAGACCACAGAGGAAGAGACGAGGAGAGGAAACGACAGCGCCACCACUAUGAGUUUGACAAGUUUAUACGGCGCAAGGAGGAGACCAAGUGGGGCAAAGGCUACUGCCAGGACCGGGCCAAGAAAGAUGGCCACCACCACGGCUCCUACUCCUACUGCCCCAGUACGGGUGACAAGGUGGGUAAGGAGGACAGGGAGGGCAUUGGCGCUAGCAGGAAGGACCGCACCCGGAACAAGGUGAGCGACAAGGCUUGUGUCUGUCAGUCUGUGUUAGCCCAUCAGGACAGAGGGACGUCCCAGUCAGAGGGGCCACACCAGAUAGGAGGGGCUCUGCCAAACAAGGACCGACCGGCCAUGCAGCUCUACCAGCCUGGCACUCGCAAAUGCGUGGGCUCAGCGAGCAAAGGUUACGAGCUCCCCAUCGGCCAGUCGCCAGAACACGUUGCGGUAGAUCACUGCUAUGAGGCCAUUGCCAUGGGAACAGGCUCAGAAAAGAGUAGUGAAGAUUAGUCCAGUCCGUAGUCCGCUCUGAUAGGCCUUUCACAUUCUUUAUGCGUAUUGGGCUGCCAGAUUGUAGGCUUGUGCAUUACUAAACAACAAGCAUGCGCAAGGCUAUGGGGUUGAUGGAGCUGCACUCACAGGUCACAUCAUUUGAACUUUCCGACACUUCUGCAUCAAAACCUUUGUGCAAAUAAUGUGAAAGGCUUGUAAGAUUGGCCUGCCCUGACAGGAGGAGGAGGGUAACAAAAAUCAAACAUUCCCAGAACAUAAUGGGAACAUUUUCAUUGUGUUCCCAUUUGGUUGUAUACUGUGCAUCACAAUAGAAUGUUCUCUAAGCAUGAUGGGACUGAAGUUAUAGGAAGUUGUUUGUUUCUUGCCUGUGUGUUAUUCCCAUCUUGGUUCACCCUUGGGUACAAUAGCACAAUAAGGACCUUCCUUAAUUAUGUUUUUUUGUUUUUUUACCCUAUAUGUACAGUUGUUUCAUGACAGGAUAGUUAAUCCGUGGUGUUUACACGUCUGGAACAUUCACUCAUUUCAGAAACCACUGCCUGAUAACAGUUAUUUAUAUAUAUGUUAUAGUUAUAUUUUGUAUAUUCCACAUGAGACAUUGUGUCAUUGUUUUAAUGAGAGUGUACCUGAGGCAGCACAUUACAAGCCAGUUUCCCGGACACAGAUUACUCAGUCCUGGAAUAAAAAAGCAUGGUCAACGGAGAAGUUUUCUAGUCCAGGGCUAAAAUGUAUCUGUGUCCUGUAAAUUUCCCCUAUGUGUCUGUAACUAAGGAAUAUCUCAGCAAGUGAGAUCAUAUUUAUAAGCCUUUUUAGUGAUUCCAUUUGACUGGGAUGUUUUUCAAAGAAAGUCUAUAGAUUUUAUCACAACGAAAAUAUAUGAAGUAGUGAGAAUUAUAUUUAAGAUAUUCAAAAUGUAUUUGCAGUGUUGGAUGUAGAACCUUUUAGAAUAUAUUAAUCAAAUAAUUGUGUGUGCAUAUGUGCGUGUGUGUUUCAGUGUUUUGCGUGUGUGAUAGGAGCCAGAGAGGAAAAUGUUUAGGUUGUCAACAAUAUGCUUUGUCAAUUGUUCCCUUGUAUAAUGUGACUUAUGACAAUUCUUACAUCAUCGUGUUUCUAGUUGUCAUAGACAGUAGCUAUUUGUGUUAGGAAACAAGGUGACGUGGACUGUCUUAUAAAACAGUAUUUCACACUUGAGCCAAGAAGAACAAAAUUAUUCAUCAUGGAUUUAGAGCCCAGAGUUUUUCCUGGUCAGGUUACACGAUCAACAAAAACUUCUGCCACUUAAAUGUCAUGAUGAAAAGGAGGCAAAAUAACAUUAAAGGUGCUGAGUUUGAUGCUGUUAAAAGUCUACAUUUUCUAAACUGUUUGCACGGUUUUCUACCAAAUUGUGAACUGUUGGAUUCAGCUGAUUCCUGAACUGCAGUAUGUUAUAGAUAUGUGUAACAUGCCUUAGAUAUUUUUUGCACAUGACAGUAAAAUCACAUUCUGGUUAAGACACUUUCCUUCUGUUUGUUGUUUGUUUUCAUGAAGAGAUUUGAAAAAAAGUUAAAUAAAAUUAUCCAAUAGAGGUU